AUGAAAAAAAUAAGAUAAUGGAAGUAUUGGAUUAGAAUAUCAAUUAAAUAACACCAAUUAUAUUAAUAUAUGAAUUUUAUAAGACAACUAAGACAGAUUUCUUAUAAAAUGUUAAAUAAUGAAUUAAUAUGUAAACAGCUCACUCAGAUUAAAAUCACAAAAAAUAUUGCCAGAAGAGAAUUUCAUCAUCUUGAGAAAUAGUAGAAUAAUAGAUUAUGGUCAAUUAGUUAUGACUAUGAGUAUUAUAUAUAUAAGGUGUAAUUGAUUUGA